AUGGCUCGAUCAACUAAAGAAAGUGACUCGCAAGAAGUGCCAAGGGUCUCACAGAAGAAUGGUGGCGGUGCUCCCAAGCGAAACCUCACGGCUUACUUUAUCUGGCUUGGCGAAAAUCGCUCCCGUCUCGCCGAAACCGUCAAACCUAAUAAGGUUCUUAAGGCAGCCGGUGCUGAAUGGAAAAAACUCGAGGACAAGUCCGAAUGGGAGGAGAAAGCCAAGGCUGACAAGGAACGCUACACAAAGGAAUUGAAGGCCUUCGGGGGAGGAUCGACUAAU